ACAGGAAGCUGAAGUAGCGUGGAGAUCACAAGGCUGCUGAUUGUGCAUCAAAUAUUUUCUUUCAUGCAUCUCCUGAGAUGCCGUUUGUCUGUGAAGAAAGAGGAGUAAGGUGGCGGAAUAACUCUUGACUGAAAUACUAAUACAAAAUGAAUUCUGUAAAAGAGGAGAGUGGUGACUUGAGUGAUCCAGAGCAUCAGCUUAAUAAAAAUGAAGAUUCUGAGGACCAAAGAGACUUGAUCGAAGAGAAAGUGGAAAGUCAAGAACUGAAUGACGAGGAGGAGAAACAUCAGAAUGAUAAAUCUGAUCAUUUAAUAAUUGGUGAAAAAUCUUCAAGUUGCUCACCGAAAAGAAGAACUCGAAAAACAAGAGCCAGAAAAAACUUCACAUGCCCUCAGUGUGGAAAGAGUUUCACACAACAAGGAAACCUUAAAACUCACUUGAAGCUUCACUCUGGAAAGAAGCCUUUCAUAUGCCAGUGUGGAAAGAGUUUCUCACUUAAAGGAAACCUGAAGAAUCACAUGAAACUUCACACUGGAGAGAAGCCUUUCACCUGCCCUGAAUGUGGAAAGAGUUUUGCAAUAAAACAAGAUCUUGGGAAGCACCUGAGAACUCAUACCGGAGAGAAACCUUUUACAUGCCCCGAGUGUGGAAAGAGUUUCACACAAAAAGGAAACCUUAAGACUCACUUAAAACUUCAUUUUGGACAGAAGUCUUUCACAUGCCAAUGUGGAAAGAGUUUCACACAAAAAGGAAACUUAAAGAGUCACAUGACACUUCACACUGGAGAGAAGCCAUUUACAUGCUCUCAGUGUGAAAAGAGUUACACAGAGAGAAAACAGCUUGAUGCUCACAUGAGAAUCCACACUGCAGAGAAUCCUUUUACCUGUCGUCAAUGUGAAAAGAGUUUCACACAAAAAGGAGAUCUUGAGAGACACCUGAGAGUUCACACUGGAGAGAAGCCUUUCGUGUGCCCUCAGUGUGGAAAGAGUUUCACUCAAAAAACACACCUUAAGAGACAUCUAAGUCUUCACUCUGGAGAGAAGCCUUUCAUAUGUGGUCAGUGUGGAAAGAAUUACACUGAGAAAGGACAGCUUGAGGUUCACAUGAGAAUCCACACUGGAGAGAACCCUUUCCUCUGCCAUGAGUGUGGAAAGUGUUUCACACAAAAGGGAGAUCUUGAAAAGCACCUGAGAAUUCAUACUGGAGAGAAGCCUUUCACAUGCACUCACUGUGGAAAGAGAUUUUCACAAAAAAUACACCUUCAGAGCCACUUAAGUCUUUACUCUUGAGAGAAACAUUUUACAUGCCCCGAGUGUGGAAAGAGUUUCACACAAAAAGGAAACCUUAAGACUCACUUAAAACUUCAUUUUGGAGAGAAUUCUUUCACAUGCCAAUGUGGAAAGAGUUUCUCACAAAAAAUACACCUUCAGAGCCACUUAAGUCUUUACUCUUGAGAGAAGCCUUUUCAUGCCAUCAGUGUGGAAAUAAUUACAAGUAGAGAGAACAGCUUGAGUUUCACAUGAGAAUUCACACUGGAGAGUAGCCUUUUACAUGUCUUAAGUAAAAAUCAAAUAUAUCACUCUGGAUCAAGCCCCUGCCCCUUUUCUGAAGUGCACCUUAGCGGUGUCCCUCCAACAGAGAUUGCUCUGCCCCUUUGCUGCGGCCAUUCCAAUGGAGAAGCACACACAUCCAACCUCCAAUUAACCUCUAUCGAUGCCAAACAUAAAAUAUUCACCUUAAGCAAUGAUGUUUGAAAUGUAAAGAUGUGCAAAUCAUUGAAGUCAACAGAAAUUGAAGUGUUGUUUCAAAAGUUAAAGAAUGUGUGAGCAGAUAGCAUGAGUGAUUUAUUUUUAAGAUGAACCUCAGGCUCUUUUUACGCACAGAAGCAAACAUGUUAAUUACACUAUAAAGUUCAAGAGAGACAGAUGUUCAGCAGAAAGACCAUGCAAAGAUGAGCAAGUUAUUUUUGUUUUUAUUGUUGUUUUUAUUUAUGAUUUGUUGGUGUCAGAUUGAGAUAGUAGUCCACUUUGAAUAGAGCUCUUUUAAAAGCUGUUAUGUAGCUACUAAUGUGAUUUUCUUCUCUUGUGUUUCUAACUGCAAACACCUUUGUUCAAUUAAUUUAUUCAUAAUAAAGUCAAAU